CCCAUCACAGCAGUCCCCGUCACAGCAGUCCCCAUCACAGUCCCCAUCACAGCACACGUCACCGCCAGCGUCACAGUCCACGCCUCCGCCGACAUCACAGCUCACAUUCUCAGUUACACCAGAGUAAAGAGCAACAGGAGCAGCUUCGAUUGCAGUGUCUAUCACCUCCACCACUAACUGUGCUAACUUGCUGUUUGUCCUCAGGUCAGGCCUCGGUCUGAAAAUGUGUCCACACUGAGGGCAGCUGUAGGUUCUCUCCACGUGCUCUCCAUCCCAGUGGCGUUUAAUACAGGUCCUGCAGUAGCUGUGUCCACACGAGGUGAUCACCUGAUCCUUUGGUGGAUUGUGACAGAUGGAGCAGCUGGCUCCUGUCUGAGCCAUUUCCCCUCUCUGGGACGGCGAUAGUGGUGGUCAAAUAGUUCCUUGUUCUUGUAAGCUCUGAGCGACUGAGGAAAUAGAGAGAGGAAGAAGGCAGGGUGUGUUAUCUGUCACGCACAGUAGGCAAUAAAAGUAUGGAGAUUAAGUUUCGCUUUGACAAAUCAGGCACGCCCUCUUAUCUUUAUUCUUACUUUCACAUGUUGCAGUUACCUUAUCAAGAAGAAACACACAUCAGUGUUUAGUAGUUUGAAAUGCACAAUCCAGUAUCGUCUGUUUGUGAAGCCUAUAUGUCUGUUAUUUGCUGCUCUGACUCUUGCCCCAAAAUUAAUAACACAAGGCAAUGGGUGUCAUAAAAACCAAAUCUCUCUACUUAUAUGGCAAUAAAAUAAUCACACUGUUUCAUAACUCUGUAUGUGGGUAAAUCGAUUACUGGAAAAGUCUGGUGUCAAAACUGCAUGGUUGGUCAAGAUAGUAAUAAAGUACCAAACAUGCUUUGAUUAGGGUUCAGGUAGACAUAUGGAGAGAAUUACUUCACAAUGCCAAAAUUUUAUUUAUCAAAAAGACAAACAGGUGUACCCCAUGGUGUUUCAGACCUUCAUUCGAGGGGCUGUCAUUAGUUUUAUGUUAAAAAAAAAAGUAACAAUACCCGGAGUUCCAGAAAAAUUUAGGAUUUCCUACCGCACUCAAACGCAGCAACAGGUUGGAUUUUGUGGUAACGGUUGACAACGGCUGUUGUCAAAUCACUGUAAACUACUUCGUAUCUAAACCCGUAUGUUUUAAAUCAAAUCAAGUAUUUGUUAUGUGUUUCCCUUUGUUUAAUCUGAGUCCAAAAACACCCUGUGUCCUGAUUCAUUUUAACGAUAUUAUACAACUACUUACCAGGGCUCUCAAGUCUCACACAUUCAGUCAGAAAUCAAGUCAGUUCCCCUGAGAGUAAAGAGGCUGCGUGCCAGAAAGUAGCAUUGCUGUAUCCGGGUGGCAAAUAGACUCAUAUGAUGAACUAAAGCCCUAUGCAAAUUCUAUUUGCAUAUUUCCCCCCCAAAGAAAAAAAAAAGAAAAUCUCACUCCAAGCUUAGUUCAAAACUUGAAAGCCCUGUACUUACGAUGUUGUGAAGUUUACUAAAAUGCGUUUUCUUUUCAUCUUUUUAUUUCCUCUCUCGAAGCCAAAGUUGGACGACGACAGCACUGAAUCCUCAACAAACCGGUUCCCAACAUUAAAGUAGUGAAAUGAAAGUAUUUAUUGUAUUGUUACGUCGUUUCCCACAACACUUGAACGCAGCAACAGGACGGUUUCCGUGGUAACGGCUGACAACGCAGAGGAAGAUGGUUUACAGUGAGUAGACAAACUAAAUUCCCAAACAAACAAAAAACAGCUAAUUUCAGAGGGUUUUUGAAAAAUGAAAGCUGUUAUUUAACCAUUUUACAUCAGUUUCAUGUUUAAUAUUGUGUUUAAGAGAGACGCCCGUGUCGUUUAAGAAGUUAAUGCAACAGACUAGCUUACGGUCGUCCCUGCUGGUGUUGUGCCGUAGAAUGCACCCCCUGCAUCCUAUUCCCUCAUUAGCUUCAGUGGAAGAAAAAGGCCUCGUAUUUUAAAAAAACAAGAGUAUUUGUUCACGAAAACAUGUCAAAUGGAGCAGCAAACUUUCGUUCUGUUUUUCUGUCUCAGAAAAUGCACACGUAGAGGUAUACUUGGGUAUGUAAACCAUACAGUUAGCUGUCGAGGUAGACAACAUUAUAUUUUCGGGACAGCAAAUAUUCCGAAUCACAGGCCUAUUGUUUCUGGCUUAUCUGAAUAGCCUGAAUAAAAUCAUUAAAGACACACGCUUUUUAAUCAAUCCAAUAAGAAGGAAAACUUGGAUUAUUUCGCCUUGUUAUGUACGUUCAACCGCGCUCCUAUCAGGGGUGCAUUCUACGGCACAACACCGGUGUUCUGACGAGUUCUGCUUACUUUGUUGAAAAUGCUACCGCUGCGUGAAUCUACAGCGGAGAAUCUAAACCCCUGGAACCCCCCGACAGAUAAUGCUUCCAGUCUGUAUCUACGUUUUAUCUUACCACUACUGUCCCACUUUGCUUGCCCGAGGUGGGGGAGUUUGUUUUGAAGAGAAAUUUAAUCAUUUCUGGGAGCGCUCAGGUCAUGAAGUUUCCGGGCCUGUAGUUCUGCGCAUGUGCAUUCAGAGCUGCUGACGCUCAUCGAUGGGUAACUUUUUCCGUUAUAGUCAUAGGCUGUUUAUAAAAUGGACGACCUCCCCCGGGAAAGACAAACUUUGAAGAUUAAUGAAACAGAAUACAAAUGCUUGUGCCUCCCAGUUGAGAUGUUGACAUGUAGUUACUGUUAAACUGGUUUGUGCUAAAGUCCUCUUUUUUUAGGGGUUCAUGUUUUCUAUGAUUGAUACUUGAAACAGCCAAUAGGCGUACGAAGAUUGCGUAGCCCAUUCAGGGGAUUCGCUGUUUAAGCCGAGGGUCACCACAGCGACUCUCCUGUAGAAUGAUAGGAGGCGGGGCCAUCUCGUCUACCGUAUAUGCAGUAUGUGGUAGUGAUGUGCACGACAGUUCUUUUAGAUGAACUGAAUCACUAGAAUCAGUUCACUCAAAAGAUUCGUUCACCAAAUCGCCGAAUCAUUUAGUACUUGGCAGGAGAAAACUGUGACUCUGACCUCCUGAACUGAUACACAGCUGAACGGUUCAGGAUUCAGUUCAGUUCAUAGCUUCUGGGACCAGGAGACACAAAUGUUUGGCUGUGUUGCUUUGGCAAACAGGUUUGUAAAACUGAUCUUGUUUAUAAGUCAUGAUGUUUAAAGUGUACUGUCCUAUGGUAUGCUAUUUAUCAGGUCUGCUCGGUAAAUUGGGCUCAGUGAGUGAUUCAAGAAUUCACACUGAACACGCACCGUUCCCUGCAAACCGCUGCAAUGAUAGGAUGCUGCAGGUUUACUGCACUACUUGUUACAUGCUGUGUCCUAUUGUAUGCAAGUUGCAGUGGCAAAUUAGCAGGAAUAAAAAAAAGAAUGUAGUUUUGUCUGACAAAAACGAUCCUGGAGAGUGUAGGUCAAUGCCUGAUUAGUUCACCAGGUGAUUCAGAUGUCGGUGCAUGUGGUCCCUUGUUUGCUGGCUGCUUGACUGGCAAUGCUACGUGCUAUAGCAGUUCAGCUGAAGUCAGAAACGAACGAGUGAUUCGGCUCAGUACUUCACUUAAAAGAUUCGGUUCUUUUGAACGAAUCGUUCGUGAACGACACAAAGCUAGUUGAAACACCUGCAAGUUGGUUCGCAAUUUUGCCCUCUAAUUUGAAGGAUUUUAACCAGCUUAACUAGUCGACAGGGCUAACAAACUAAAUUAAUGCUGCAUCUCGUGUUUUUCCAACAAUAUAGUCUAAAAUUGUUCAAAGUAACUGUCACUGUUUAUCCAUUUGAGCUAACUGAAAGCUUUGCAAGGUUAACAGUAGGGGAGAGUGGGGUAAGUUGAGCCAAAGGGUAAGUCGAGCCACCCCUCCUGUUGCUUGGAAAUGGUAAAGAAAUUGAUCAUGUGACCAAAUAUUGAGGAGAUGGACAUCAAUUUAUGGAGUCUGUGAAGGUUAGAAGCACGUGGGUAAAGGAGUUAGACAUUUAUUUACAAAAAAAAUAAAUGUUUCACUCUUGAAAGUGAAUUUAGUCUGUCACAAGUUUUAUUAGAAUUGUGUUCAGACCAAAAAAGAUCAUUUAAAAUGUGUUUUAUACAUCAAUUGUGGUAUCUAUGAGCUACAACAUGAGGUCAAAACCUUAGGACUAAGCAGCGUAACUGUGCCUUUAUCCAAUAUUGAAAUACUUAUUUACCGCAGAACAUCUACUCUGUGGGAUAAAGAUCCAACUGGAAGUCUUCCCCCGAUCAGGUUCAUCUCACUGCUUGAACACAUGACAUGUUGGAGCUUUGUUUCUGUCCAGUCACAGAGGACAUGGUCCGCAGACGGGCUGAACACAACGAGUGCCAGAUCUCCACGCUGGAGGAAGUGUCUCUGCAUCAGCAGGACAUCGAGAAGAUUGAACACAUCGACAAGUGGUGCCGUGACCUGAGGAUCCUCUACCUUCAAAACAACCUCAUACCCAAGAUAGGUGAGACGUCCAUCAGCAGAGUGGUUUUCUUUCUUUUCUCACUUAACAUUAGUCUUACCGUUCAUUCGCUUACAUUUGAGUCGUUCUGAAAACAUUGUUAGGGCAGGACUUUGUGAUUUUUUUUCCCAGAGUUUCCACUUAUGUUUGUUUUUUGUACAUUUUUCAAAAUCCAGAGAAUGUGGGUCGCCUGAAGAAGCUGCAGUAUUUGAAUCUGGCUCUGAACAACAUUGAAGUCAUUGAAAACCUUGAAGGUCAGUCUGCAGGAUACUUGCAGCGGGCUUCGGUUUCUUUUUUUGCAUCGGUAACUUCCGUUGUGACUUAUUUUUUUUGCAUUAUUUUUUAUUUACAGCAGUGGCGAUUCUCGGCCAACAUAUAUUUUUUAAAACCCUAAAUUUAGCAUUUCAGUGAACAUAUUUUUGUUUAGUUUGAACAUGUCCUUUUAAAAACAAGCUUUAUUUGAUGUGCAAAUAAACACUUGUGUGUAUCUGCACGUCUUCAGGCUGUGAGAGUCUCCAGAAGUUGGAUCUGACUGUGAAUUUCGUGGGUCGUCUGAGCAGCGUGGAGUCCCUGCAGUCCAACAUCCACCUCACGGAGCUGUUCCUAGUGGGGAACCCCUGCACUGAGUUUGAGGGCUACAGGCAGUACGUGGUGGCCUCUCUGCCUCAACUUAAGGUAACUUUAAAAACACAAACCGGGGAACCGAUCCAGAGCACUGAAGAAAAUCUGGAUCCCGAUCAGACUUUUGGUCUCUUCUUUCUGCUUUAGUUCCUGGACGGGACUGAGAUCAGCCGGUCAGAGCGGAUUCGAGCUGCUCAGGGACUCAAAGAAGUGAAGAGGAACGUCCGGGAGCAGGAGAGGGAAUACCUGAAGAGGAGAGCGAGAGAGAAAGAGGAGGCAAGAGACGAGAAAGGAAAUAAGGAGAGGAAACCAGGCAGUGAUGGGCGCUGGUACACUGACAUCAACAACACAGAGUGAGUUCCUCUGGUGAUCAGGAUCCAGAGUGAAAGUGAAGAUAUAAAUUAAAAAAAUGAUAAAAACCCUGGAGGGACAUUUCAACGAAACUCUGUCCUGAAGUAUUAGAGUGAUUUUAAAAUGGUCUGUUCUGUCUUUGUAGUCCAGGGUCAGAGGAGAAUAAAGAGAACCAGGAAAGAAAGGAGGGGACCGAGAACCCAGAGCUGGAUGAGGAGCAGCAGGAGAGCGAGUUCUGGCACACGCCGUGUUCAUUCACUCCCGAAUCUCGCCUGGAGGCUCAUCGCCACCUGGAGGAGAAGAGGAAAGCAAAGGAGAAGUAAGUACAUCUGACUUUUACUUAUUCAAGAGUCUGAUUUUUGAAUCCUGGACUCUAAAAAGAAACUCCUGCAUGUUGAAAGAUAGAAAAAAUGCCAUGAAGUUUCCACUCCAGCCAUCACAAACAUACUGCAGUUCUGAAAACACUUCACACUGUGACUCUUUGGGUGCAGUUUACUCAUACAGCCACCAGAUGUCUCUCUUCUAUCAUGACCAGACUGAAGUCCUGUGAGUGGAAGUUUGAGUCAGAGCCAGCUCAUUUUACACUGAAGAUAAAUGGGAUGUUGGUGUUUUUGCCAACUUCUUCAGGAAUAAAUAGUUUUUUAAACAUCUGAGAUGUCCUCAGCUCUCAUAAAUAACCAAAGACAGGCGACGGUGAAUCCAAGAACUCUUGUCGUAACUGUUUAUUAGUAAAUUUAUCAGCUCCCUGGAUUUGAUUACCCACAGAUGAGAGAGUAAUCUGUCACAGGGACAUAAACUAGAUAGUUUGACUGAAUGAAAACUGAAGAGUCCUGAUGAUAUGAAACAUUUUUGGUCAUUUCUGGAAGUCAAGAUGAGAAAAAAAAAACAAGUUUUCUGAUCACCUUAAACCAACAAAACAGAGAAAGCAAUCACAUGAAAUGUCUUAUAGGUCUGAUAUUUACAUCAAAAAGGGAGUUAAUUACAUUUAUGUAAGAUAAAGUCUUCUUUUUUCUAAUUUCCAGUAUAUAACAUGGUCCAUCCUCAUAAUUGAAAUGUUUUUACCAAUUUUUGUGCAGCCUUGAAGUGACUGAACGGGAAAUCUGUGUCGUGAUCGCAGUUAUCAUUUAAGAUAAACAGCUCCUGCCAUCCCCCAGCUGCUCUCUCGUCCAAGAUUUUGCAAUUUAGGGUCAACUUGGGUUUUUACGGGCUAAUGAGUUAGCUCUGGGCUCUGACUGUGAAGCUUUGACCACCUUACAUUUACAAACCUCUCACUCCUCUCCAGCUCCGCCUUCUUUACCAAAUAUGGCCACAGAACCAACAUGGCGGCAAACAAUGGAGACACCAAAGUGGCCAAAUCUUUUACUUCUACAGUGUGUGUGUGUUUACAUCAUUUUUCACGACUCUCGGCGCUGAAAUGCGCUGAUUCUACAGGUAAUUUAAGGAAACCUGCGCUGCCUUCACCUCCAAUCAGCCGAGGAGUGAAUCAGUCACUGAGCGCCUUUAUUGACUCCACGUCAGAGUGAUUUGUUUCCAGUUAAAGACUGUGAGGAAACAUCAGUCCAAACAGCAACAAGCCCACAUGAAUAUCACGUUUUGACACAACAAUUAGCGGGACGGAUGAAGCUGCCCUCACAGGUGCUUCAUCCGUCGGGUUAAUGAGACGCUGUCAGGGCGGAGAAGAAGCCGGACCGUUAGGGGAGGAGACGUGAGCGGGUCCAGAGCCUCUCCGAGGAUUUUAUUUAAACAUUUGUGACGAAUGAAUCCACGGGGGACGCCGAUGCACCCUGAAUGAUGCAUGAGUUCUUCAAAGCUGUCAGUUUUAUGACUGUAUGUGGGUAAAAACACAAGAAUCCACCUCCUCUACCUGGAUGUAAACAAGCGCAGAUGACAGACCUCAGAGCAUGACGGGGGUCGUCAGUGUUUCGAUAUCGAAUAAUGAAGCUAGAGUGUGACUCACUCACUGACGUCAGGCCGGUCGGGAGUGAGUCUGCAAAGCAUUUGUUUAAGUCUCAUUAAUUUUCCCGCCACGCUGCUAAUUAGCGCUCACCCUUAAGCUGACCCGCGUUAAUUGAGUGUGUGUUUGUUGCACGUCCUCCUCUGACACAGUGACACACGCAGUCUGUCAGCGCAGCGGUAUCAGCUGGCAGGAACAUCUGAACGACGCUGACUGAGUGGCUGUGGUGGGUGCUGAUUUCAGAUGGUGGUCGGAGGGAAACUCUUGUAUGAAAUGUCAAAAACUGUUUAUUUAAGGGUUGAUCUGUGGAUGGUGUACUUGUGUUUUCUCGGUGGGUUUUGGUCAUGACUCUCUGGACUUAUCAAUCGUUCUCAGACCUCCUCCCUGCUGAGCUGAAGCCUGUUAAAGGUCUGAUGUUUUCUGACCGCGGUUUCUUCUCUUUUCUGUGAUGUGGGCGUCGUGAGGCCGGCUCAGGAACAGUGAUUAAAGACCGCACAAAUAAAUCUGACAUGUAAUACAUCUACAGUAAAUAAUACAUGCUGCCUCCCAGGCUCAUCCAGAUCUGCUGAGACUUCAGGGUCAGAGAGGAGGGGGGUUCAACUCUGUCCAAGGGCACUCUGACGGGGGAGGUGGGCUCUGCGGUGCCAGGAUCCAGUCGUCAGUUCACUGGAGGAUAGACCCUCCUGCUGGGUCUGAUUAUUGAACCAUCAGUGAAAAAUGAGAAAACACGUAAACAGGAUCUGUAAAUACCGGAGCUCAGGAGAAUUAAUGUUUUAAAAAAGACGAACAGGUUUAAAAAGUUUUUUAAGUGUCUGUUUUAGCCGAUGAGAUGAACUGAAGAAGGCCACUGAGACGGAAACAUGUUCAUUUCUGCUCUGAAGCGGAACAGUUAAACAUGAGACUCUAUGGGGAGUGACUCACUUUUGGAGACAGCCUCUAGUGGAUACUGGAGGAACUGCACUUCUUUUUUCUUUUAGCACUUUUGCACUCAGUUGUGAACUUUUAAAGUUGACAAAUUCAAGAGUGAAGGGGUUUAAAAUUUGUGACAGAAGACUGAGCAGUUACUGUGUAAAGAUGGUGAAUAUAUUCAGGGUCAAUCCCAACAUACCCGGACAUGCCCUUUUUUGGGGGGACUGUCCGGGUUUGUCCGGGUUUGUUUAUAAGAUCCUUUAAAUGUCUGCGGUUUUGUACGUACGUUUCAGUUUUGUGUCACAUGAUUUUACUGAGUUGGAAGUGUGUAAAAGACACUCAAUCCGACUUGAAAGCCUCUCAAACUCAACUUUUUGCGUCUCGGAAACUCCGCCCCUGUGUAGUUGUGUCCUCUUUUUGGGAAGUUAGAGUAUGGUCACCCUCGCUAAUAUUUACGUGGAGAAACAAAGGAUGAAUAUCUGAUAAAAAACACGAGUGUCACGACUAGAAAAAUCAUAUCAAAAUCUUACCCCAUGCUUUUAAUUGAGGUCCUGGUUUGUCCUCUUUUUAUGAUCACACAAAAUCCAGGGCUAAGGGUUACAAUGUGGACUGGCUCUAAAUCAGGGCGUAUGAUACACCGGGUCUGAAAUCAAUGAUGCUGAAUUUCUCCUGAUUCAUUGUUUGUUUCUCGGUGAAGUCAGGUGUCACAGAUCGUUUUUUCUCGCUCACUUUUCUCUCAUGGGAAAAACCUUUUUUAUGUUUGUUCCUCACCCCCUCCUGUCACCUCGCUGACCCGUGAACACAUCGCUGACUCACCGCGUUUAGUUUUCAUACAUCCUCGGGCCACAAAAGCUGAGCGGCGUAAACAUGACGAAUCCUGAACAAGCGUCCUGCUGUGAGAGCGCUCCCCCGCCGCUGCUUCAUCUCCCGCCAGUGAGAAACUCCCUCCAUCAUACCGUGUUUGUCAGAUGUCUUUUGUCGACACUUUCAUGAUCUUUUCAGACCAAUGCUUGUUUGUAUUUUAUUCACCCAGAGCCUUUUACUCUGGAAAACCUCCCUAAGGAGCACAACGAAACCUCUUCUCAUUGAUAAGACGUCAGGAUAAGCCCUAUUUGAAGCCAACCGGUGACAGUCUGCUUCCUAAUCCAUAUCACAAAAGCAUCGCAGGCCUGCAUGCUGUCCAAGCAGAAAAUCAGGCUGAUACCGUGGUGUUGCCGUUUUUAUCGCCUCUCUGCGCGCGGCUGUCAGGGCGCGCUGACUUGAUGCAUGCAGUCGUGCAGUCACCGGAUUGUCAGGAAAGAUGAAUUUCCUGCUCCUGAGGUGGAUUUUUGUGAUAAGGUCAACCGGGAGAUGCUGCUGUGUUUAAUAGUCGCUGCGUUUUUUUUUUUUUAAAGGAGGUUAACACAGAGCCAACCUGCAGGUCUGUGAGUCUGAAACUAAAAAUACAGUGGAGGAGAGCUGACAGGCUGAUGGAUGGACGUGGUUAUGUGAUGCGCGGGGAUGAGAGGAGCUCAUGUUGGGGUUUAUGUAUUCAGAUAAGGACUUAAAUCCAUUAACACAUGGUUGAUAUCUUGGAAUUUAUGAUGAUUCAAAAUUGGGCUCCUCCAUAGUGGAAAAAAGACGUUAUUGGUGACUCAUGAGACUGUUAUGCAUCGCUGCUAAAGUUACGAUUGUUUCUGAACAGCCUGAACACUUUGUCCUGCUGAUCCUGAGUGACUGAAACAUGAAGUCGAGUAACGAUGGAAAAAAAAGUCUGCUCUCCGCCAUGUUUGUAGUCUUCUCGAUGAAUCUGAAUCUGCAGGUAGAGGACCUUCUGCACGUUGGGCGAACUGAAAGCUGUCUGAACAUACUGUCCCCUGCUCCUCUCAAACUCUCGGCGGAGGAGCCGUCAUCGCCGAUGUCUCCGCGACUCAGUGAUUUGAUAGACGCCUCAUUACACUCCCUUUGAAGAAAACAGCAACAGACGAAGAUUUGAUCACGCAGUGCGCCACAUGGUGACCUUGAAAUAAGACGGAGGCAGGGACAGGCUGUGUGAUGGAGACGCCUCUCCUGAAGAUGAAACCUGCCCUCUGUCUCACCCUCACAAACACAAUAACAACACAUUACAACCCGCAGUCUCUUUCUCACCGCGCAUCCAGAAUAUAAAAAACAAGUUAUCAGCCUUAUGGUCACAAUCUCUGGGUGGAAAUGGACUCCGAUCAUUUGGCGUCACACUUCAUUUAUGCCGUUCAGCUGUUGGAAAAGUAAAUCACAGGAAGCACAAACAUGAAGAGCCUUUUCUCCGAGAAAUCUCUCUGAAUGUUUGAAGAUACCAAAAUAAACCUUCUUGCUGGAAAACAGCAAUAUGAGUAGAAGGAGAGGUGAACAGGGUGACCGUAGAGAGCAGAGAUUGGUUUAAUCUACAAAUAGACUUUCAAUCACAGCUUUGAAGCACAUGAUUGAUUUAUAAGUUUGGUUAAAACUCAGCAGAGCCGAUAAAGGCCAGAUCAGCUGCUCAAGACUGGUUGUUUACUUGAAAUCACAGAUAUCGUCCAAAGCAGACGAACCUUUUCACUUGUUUAGGCGAUGAAAUCGGACUGCACAAUAAGUCGAUGAUAAUUAGUCGUGUUAAAAAAACUAAAUUCGUCAAAUUAAUAUUCCGCUCAAUCAUGUCUCGCGCCUCCAGGCUACCGUAGACUCCCCCUUCCUGCGAGAGCGCUCCCCAGUUCCCACAAAAACCAGUGUAAACAAACAUGGCGUUUGCAAAAGAAGGCGAUAAUUUUGUGGCUAAAAAGUGCGAGAGCAAGUCAGUCGUGUGGAAUUGGUACAGCUUCGCAAUUUCGGAUGACGGGCAAAAUCCGUUUGAAGGCGGUAUUGACUUAUCCAUAUGGAAACAAAUUCAUGACUUAACGCAAAGUUUUCUGUCGUGUGACUGUAAACGAUACUUUUUUCAUCUCCGUUUGAAUGCCUAACUGCGUCCUUCACGAAACGAUUAUGUGACACACAGUGUAACUCUUUUAUGGCGCCUGUGCGUGUCCGGUUAACACAACCUUAAAGCACACACUCUGUACUCUUCUUGUGUCUUUUGUGUGUUUCCUGGGCAGGGUUAGAGCGCCACUUACUGGCCUGGCAUACGUACUACAUUGUUUAAGUCGUUUUCAGUGGUUUCGUGUUGAGAGAUGAUAGAAAAAACUUUAAUAUUUUAAAGUGAAGUUCAGUGACAUUGUCAAUUUAUUCCCAAAUAAGUCAACUUCCUCUUUGUUUAUUAAGGUUUAGGAGAUCGUAAAGGUUUUUUUCACAAAUAAAGAUAAUAUUUGAAACCAAUUAUUCGGUUGUCUUUUGUGGUUUUUAUGCAAAAAAUCGGAAAAAAAGUGGAUUUUAUUUUAGAAAUGAAGACAUUCAGUGAGACAGUGAAAUGACUUUGUUUUCAUUGGCUCACGUUUCAGGCCGUGACAGAGACACAGGCAGGGAAACACACACACUUCACAUGCAUCCGUCGAUUAAGCCCGCUGAGCAGCAGAUGAACGAGUUGGCGGGCAAGGUGGCAAGCGUUUAGCGCUCUGCGGAGGGUCAGCCAUCACGACCUCUGCAGCUGUAAAUCUGCCACAGAGAGGAGUCGUGUGACAGCGUGUUCGGAGAGAGCCUUCAAUCUGCUGGACUCAAGGAUGUGAGGUUCAUGUUUUUAUUAGAGCCGCGGGCCGCAGAGACACCCGUAAUGACUUUAAGUGACGCUGUGGAGCUGAGCCGUUAAGGAAGACGGCGACUCUUCUUUGGUUAAUCGCUCUAUUAGCUACAAUGGCCGUGGAUAUAAAGAGUCACACCAUGAGGAAGAAGAUGGACGGACAUCCCCUCCUCCCUGAUCCUACCCUGUUACAGUCCCAUCUACAAAAUAAAUGGUGCUUCAGCAAGUUAUAACCAGAGCAGAUUAUUCCUGACUUUUACCAGUAUCCAUAUCUCCGUCUCUAUUUUCAGGCUCUGAAAUGCCCGCUGUUGUCUGAGGUUGUUUACAUCCUGGUAGUAGAUCCUUAAAGCGUAACGAGGAGGACUUUUGCUGUGUUACAGUUACCUGGAAGUCAGAUUUCAGAGCUGAGAAUGAUGUGACACCUGAGUUGACGACGUUUCAGUUAACAAGUUGGAAAACCGAGAUGGACGCCCACUGUUAGCCGUUAUUAGCUGUUGUUUACAGUUGUUAGCUGUUGUUAGCCGUUGUUAGCUGUUGUUAGCUGUUGUCAGUUGUUAUUAGCGGUUGUCAGCUGUCGUUAGCUAUUUCUAGCUGUUGUUAGCCAUUGUUAGCCGUUGUUAGCUGUUAUUAGUUGUUGUUAGCAAUUGUCAGCUGUUAUUAGCCAUUGUUAGCUGUUGUCAGCUGUUAGACGUUAGCGGUUGUUAGCUGUUGUCAGCUGUUGUUAGCCGUUGUUAGUUGUUAGCUGUUGUUAGUUGUUGUUAGCUGUUGUCAGCUGUUGUUAGUACACAUAAACCACUUAUUUAAUUUCACAAAAACAAAACAGAAACGCUAAAAAAUAAUACAUUACGAGAGUCGAGUCGGGUUGGCAAGGAUCGUCCGAAGUAUAUAUAGUUUCAUCAUACAGAGAGUUUAUGGAGCGACUUUGUUCAAACUUCCCUCUGAGUGUUUGAGACUGAGAGCAGAGGAGAGGCCGAGCUCACUGGAGUCAGACUGUGAUGGAGUGAUAUCUGUGUGCUGAGACAAUAUCUGCUUUAUCUCUCUCACAAUGAGGAGAGGCCGCUCUCUCCUUCACCCCGAAGACUUCAUAACUCUCCUGUCAUCUGCCACUUCGGGCACACACACGCACACACGCGCACACACACACACACACACACAUACACUACGCUGAGCUCUCUAAUGCUUUUAAGUUUAUCCGCAGGGUGAAUGAGAAGAAGCCGAAGACCCCGAGGACGCUGAUCACAGCUGAUGGACGAGUCAUGAACGUCAACGAGCCAAAGUAAAUAACGUCUUCUCUGAAAUCGUGAAAGUGUUUCAGUAUUUUCGUGCAAGAUUUGAACUUUUAAUCCGAGGUUGAGUUUUAAAAAAAGCAAAUAAAGCAAAAAUAAAGAACUGACCAAUCCUCCAAUCUGCUGUGAUGAACUUAGAUGAUCACAACAGCUCAGAGCAACAAAAUACAUCCAAUCACGUGCUUCAGUUCUGUGUUAGAAGAACACACCACCUCUCUACGGUUCAUCAUGACUGUUAUGAUUGUUUCCUCGAUGACUUCUUCCUGCGCACAAAGAUCUCAGACAGUCAGGCAGGUGUUGAGCCACCAGCUGCUGUGAUUGCUUUAUUAGUGGCCUUGGAGUUUGGAUGUCCUGUGCUCGAUUAGUGUGUCGUGGGACACCCUGAUGGCUUAGGGCCACCCGGGUCUUCCUCCAUUAGCCGGGGGUUUAUAUCCAGAGCAAGGCCACAGAGGUCGAGACCUCUAAACACACAUGAUUUCAUUUGCAAUCCGAGUUGGGGACUCACUCAGGUUUUUAUGAUUUAUCAGUUUGCAUCAGCAGAGGGACGAGUCGGGACACCCUUAGCAAGUUUAAAGGGACCGCUAAGACCACCAAGGGACUGUCUUCUGUGUGUCCCAACUUUUUAACAAUUAAUGUUUUCAUUUUUCAGUUCAUAUUUGAGAUUUAGGAGAAGCUGGACCAUGUCAGUGUGUAGAAAUAUGCAGUAUUUAUUAUUUAAAGUGUGAUCCAGUUAAAACGCUCGGAAACUGUUUUUAUCCGGAACUUUUUCGGGGUUACGUUGCAACAUGUUUAACCGUUUAAUUUGAGUUUUACUGGAGCGCUGGUAACUAAUCUUGAAAUACCUGCUUUAUAUCUCUGUGAUCAUGUGAAGUCAGAUAACUGAUAGACAACAACACUGCCAUCUAGUGGUUGGUUCUCUGACUACUUUAAAACUAUUUAAUGAAUAAAAUAUUGAAAAAACUAAAUGAGUAUCUGGAUACUGAAGGGCACCGAUGUUUUCUUGUGUGUUUUAACUCUCAGCUAUAAAAAAUAAAAAGGUGUAAAUGUGAACCACAGCUGAAUUUAGUCUUUGACUCUGUUUUUAUUCACAGGCUGGACUUUUCUCUGACUGAAGAUGAAGAAAACAACACUGUUGUCUUAGACCUUGCAGUCUACAGGUAAGGACGCUGAGCUCAAACCUUCAAAGGUCUCCUCUUGUAUGAGGAUUAUAUCAUUUAUUAGAGGUUUUAAUUGAUGCAUCUCAACCUUGUCUAGUUGUUUUAUCUCAGAGGACCUGAUCUAGUGAAGGUUUUCUUGCUGGAACUUCUUAAAAACAUCUUUGGUCACAGUUCGCAGUCGAGAAAUAACAAGUUUUGCCAAUACCAAAAAACUUUUCACUUAGACUUGUUGAACUUUGUUUCUGUAGCGUCUUUGUUGAGCUUGAUUUUAAAUGUUUUCCCUCAGAGUUUCUAGUUUUCUGAGCAGUUAUCAAAUUCACUUCAUCCCUGACUAAUUUAACUUUGAUAAAAAGCUGUGUUGCUGCCGUAAAAACAACCGUUAAGUUUGUGUAAGAGUGUUUUUCGAUCCAUGUCUGAUACUUCACCCCGUGUUUCUGGACCCCUUAGACACAUGGACACCUCCCUGAUGGACGUGGAUGUUCAGCCCUCGUACGCCAGAGUCACCGUCAAAGGAAAGGUGCGCUGUCGCUGAGAUUUUAUAAGAACAGUCGGUAACCUUUAGGCUAAGACAAAACAAGUUUUCCCUCCGCUCUGUUUUCAGCUGCUCCGUCUGAACUUUCCAACAGAUGCAUUAAUUCAGGAUUUUUAACUUGCUAAAGGGCAGCAGCAGACAUUUAGACACAGGCCCUUGAAUCUCUCUUCACUUCUCAUACUGAAAGUUUAUAGGUCAGAUCACAGUGCAGCAACUUUUCCUAUCAGAGACGUAUUUACAGUCAGAUUUUGCUGAUUCAUGCUGAAGUGUUUCCCUCUAAACAGAGCUUGACACUAAUUUUCUCACAAGGAGCACAUGUGCCUCUAAAUUAGAAAAGUUGGAGCACAUAAAUAACUUUAGGGACACAAUGAAAAUCGAUCUAAUAAUGUUUGUCUUAUUGGUCAACAUGAGUACGAUUAUUGAAAAUCAAUUUUAGGUCAAUUGGUCACAUGACAUGGAAGCUAUUGAAGGAAAACAGCCCUUUUGAGAACAUCAACAGGUAAUUUAUUGACGGUCCCUUAUUCAACACCCGACGUUGACAGCGGUAGCUCCUAAAUACAUCUUAUUUUUCGCACACAUCUAUUUUUAGUGGCAAAUGUGAGUGAAACGGUCGCACUGUUGAGCCCUGCUAUGAUAUGAGGAAGUGUAAAUUUAGUUUAAGAAUCUGCGUCCUGGAGAAAAGACUCCAAAGAAAAUCAGACAAACCUCGAGUGUCCUUCUACAUUAUUUUCAUGUCUGAUCUGUGUACAUGGUGAGCAGAGAGGGGCUUCAAUUUUGCUUAUCUUGAACCAGUGUAACCUCUAGAAGUGUCCUGAUACAACUUUUUUACUUCCGAUAUGAUACCGAUAUUGUAGCCUUUAGUAUUGGCCGAUAGUGAUAUUUAUCCGAUAUUGGCACAAACUUGUGUAUGGCAUGUUUUGCACAACUUUUUCGUACUUUGAUGAAAAAUACUGCCACAUCACUCCUACUCCAUGCUACUUUUUUGGAUUUUGGAUGCAGGCCGAUAUAAUCCAGUGUUUGUUUUUUUGCUGAUAUCGGAUGGUAUCAGGACAUCCCUACUAACCUCAGCCUCACACGGACUGAAUACUCCACCUGUUAGCUCUCCAUCAUGCCCACUUCAGUCUGACUUAACCCCCAGACUUAAGCUGUCAUCGUUUUUAAACUCCACUGUCUUCUCCCUCGACUGUCCCCUCCUGUUUUUGACACACCGCCUCCUCAUACACGUUCUCGCCCACAUUAUGGAGUGAUUCACAUGGACACGGGCCGCUAUGAAUUCAUAGCGAUUAUCCCUUUUGCUGAGUCGAAGCAGACAGUCGGAGUGUGAUGGAUGGAAAGUCCGAUUUAGAGCAAAUAAAAGGCUUGCCAGAAGCUGCUGAGUCAUCAGAUGUGUUUCUGACUCUGAGGUUUUGGUGCGUUUAUGCCGAGGGUUUAUUACACCGGCUAUGAAAUCAUAUCCCCGCUCUGAACUCUGCUCAAAAUACCAACGGACUCUUUUUUUUGAGUAAAUUGUAAACUGAUCAGCCAAAUGUCAGAGUCAAUAAAACACGAAAAGUCAUCUGGGAUCACAUUUUGUUGUCAGGUAUUCUUUGUUUACUGAACGACUGAAGCCAGAGAUGCAAAGUCCUGAAUGUCAUGACUCUGCGUGAAGCUCUUAACAUAUUUAUGACGGUUGUUUUAUGCCGGGGUCAGCCUAAUUGGACAUGUGGUGUGAUUUACGCCGCCGUACAUCAACUGGGGCGUCUAAAUUCUGUCCUUAAUAUGAUCUGGUUGAGGGGAGCAGGGGGAAUUGAGAGCAGGAGUCAUCCCUCAGGUGUGUAUAUCAUAUCAGUGUCAUGUGACGGCUCAGGAAGAGUUGGAGUUUUCCGUUUCCCCCUGAAUCCCCCCUGCGUGGAAGAAAAAACGUCUCAUUUUUGGAUCAUUUCGGUUUCCACAGGAGUUCUCUGCAGUGAUUGAUCCCCACUGCUCCCAUUCAGAACUAUUCUGGUCACUCUGUAGAAAGUGGACCUAUAAAAAGGCCCACUGAUGAUUAAAGUCAUUUGACACACUGGGACGGCGGCGGCUGCGGCAUUAAUCCUGUUAAUUAAAGUUGUGAAUAAUUUACUCUGCAGAUAUUUCAGAUAGUUCUCCCCGCUGAAGUGAGGCCGGACAGCUCCACAGCUCAGAGGUCCCAAACCACCGGACAUCUGGUCCUGACCAUGCCGCGGGUACGUACAGUGACACACACACACACACACACACACACACACACACACACACACACACACACACACACACACACACACACACACACACACACCUGAGCAGGUACAGGAAAUGAGAGGACGCACUGAGACAGGAGGGCGGGGUUAAAAAAGUUACUAUGGCGAACUUUUAAAAUCUGUCAAGUUUAGAUAGAUAGAUAGAUAGAUAGAUAGAUAGAUGUAGACAGGUAUGAAUAGACAAUGAUAGAUUGACAUUAAUAAAUAUAGAUAAAGAUAGAUUUAGAUAGAUAGAUUGAUAAAUAGAUAUAGAGAUAGAUAGAUAGAUAGAUAGAUAGAUAGAUAGAUAGAUAGAUAGAUAGAUUGCGAUGGACAGGUAUAGGUAGCUAGAUGGAUCUAGAUAGAUGUUAUAGAUAGAUUGAGAUUAAUAUAAACGUAGAGAUAGAUAGAUAAAUAGAUAGAUAGAUAGAUAGAUAGAUAUAGAUAGACAGCUAGAGAUGAAUUAAUAUAGAUAGAGAGAUAUAUAGACACAAAUAGAUUUAAAUAGAUAGAUAAAGAGAUAGAUUGAUAUUGAUAGAUAAGUUUAGAUAGAUGUAGCUACAGAUAGAUAGAUAAUAUAGACAGAUAUAGAUAGAUUGAUAUAUAGAUAGAUUGAGAUCGAUAUAAACAUAGAGAUAAAGAUAGAUAGAUAGAUAGAUAGAUCUAUGUGGAUUAGUCUAUUCUUGUUAAUGCUGUAAAUCACUAGAGAAGAAACAUCUAUACAUAGAAAUAUUUUAGUCUCUAAAAAUCUGGCGUGUAGACGAACUUUUCUCUUUUGUGAUCGGUGUUAAAUCCGAGCAUUUCCAGAUGAACUUCUGCUGUCUGUGAUUAUUUUGUUCUCGCCGACGGGGAUCUGGCAUUUUGAUCUGCGCGGUGUAAUGAGGGAAUUCUUUAUGGUGUCCAUAAAGAGAGACAGGUGCUGAUACUGCAGAGUCAGAGCUGCUGCUACUUACCCUCCAUAUGGUGUUUCAAACAUCCAGCUCCAGAGCGCCUGUGAAAAGUUCAGAAGCAAAAGUGUGGGAGACGUUUUGGUAUAUGAUUCCUGUGAUGUUUUUUUACAGGCUGAAGGUGAAAUUAAAGUGACGAAGGCGGUCCCACGUCCACCCAGGAAAACUCAAACCAGCUCACCUGAGGAUGAGAAAAGGUAAGGAUGGUGAGAGUCCUGCUUAGACUAGCAGGUGAGGCCGUACGCUCUACCUCCACCUCUUCACAGAGAGGAGAGUUUGUGACAUUUGUACUUUCUCUCUUUCAAGGCUGUUUUUGGUUGUAGGAGAAGACAAAGCAGCAGAAAACGUCAGGUUUUCCUGUAAAACGAGGCACAAAGAGCCGAGCCGUGUCCUCAGGCAGCUUUUCUGUUUGUUUAAAUUUAUCUGAGUCAAGCGUCGGUCUCGGUGUUAGUCUUUCCUCGGCCUUGAGUUGAAGACGCUCAUAUUCAAAUGCCUCUAGCUUACCAGGCCUCUGUUGUCCUAAUUACUGUUGCUUGUUGUAUAUUAAACGCUCUGCAUGAUUCAUUUUAUCAGCGGUGUUGAAGACAGCGCUCCUGAUGCUAAUGACCGCAUACUGGAUACUGAUAACCUUGACCAGCGCUGCAGCAUCACACCUGAGGGGAUACUCUUUCACACAGUAUCUCACAUACUCGACCCAACAGGCCUUUAACGGUGUUUAGUCCUGGCUCCAGGCGCUCUAGAUGUUGUUGCACGGUAUUUCUGAUUGUUGAGGAGGAUUUGAGUCCACGGAGGUCCGUAACAUUACACCCCGCCUCUCCCUCUGUGCAGCAGAGUUAACCCAGCUGUCUCCGAGAGGUGAAGUUUAGACGGAGGCAGCUUCACCUCUCCUGUGCAGAUUCAACGCGCUCUCUUCCCUCUCCUUCCCUGGAGGUGCAUCGCCGCCGCACCAUCAUCAUCAUUAUGAUUUUAUGACUGCCGCUCUCUCUCUUGUCCUUCAGCUGGCCCCAUCAAGCGCCGUAAAGAGCCCCCCCGAAUCCUCAACCCUCAAAUUAAGCAUUCGAUAAAACCCCCAAGCUGCUCCCGCACCGCAGCAAAGUGACAGAGCAGUGCAGUGCGGCUGCUGAGUUACUGCAUCAUCCGAACAUGAUUAGGGGUGACCUUCGACCCCAAGCUUACAAACAGAUUCUAUAUUCAACCUCUGGCAUGGAGGGAAAUGGACCCCAGGGCUGUGAUAGGGCUUGAAUUGGAUUUUGCCACGGUGACACAAGGCGGGGCAAAUGUGUGAGUGGUAUCAUGAAACUCAAUUUCAAAUUGAGCUGAGAUGAUGUCCCAAAGGGGUCUUUAGGUCAGGGGUCAGGGGUCAGGGUCAACUGCAAAGCCACUUUUGUGUUAUUGUAUUCGGAGGAACCGGGCGAUUGCAGAUUGAACCGCUCUGACUCCUCGACUUACAAGAUCGUACGAUACCUGGUGACUGCUUUCAGCUCUGCCUGGAAGAACCAAACAGGGUCUGACAAUAUCACCGUACUCUGACAAUAUCACCGUACUACACCUCCAAGGGGAAUGUUUGCUCCUUGGUCCUGGAAAGAGGACUUCAGUAGAUCGUCCAGCCUUGAGACAAUGCGGUUUUCGUCUAAUGGGCUGACUUUGAACUCUUGGGUUGCAGAAAUUUGCUUCCAACUUGAGGGAUACUUUGGGAAGACCUGCCGUUGGGUCCUCGGGUUGGUCUUAUCAAAAGGAAAAAGUACUUCAGUAGAUCGUCCAGCCUUGAGACAAUGCAAUUUUCAUCCAAUGAGCCGACUCUGGACUCUUCGGUUUCAGGAGUUUGCUUCCAACUUGAGGAAGACUUGAGGAAGGCCAGCCGUUGGGUCAUUUGGUAGGUCUUGGUGAAGGUUUUGCGGUACUGGGGCCGUCCGUUGUUGAGAUCCUGUCCUUUCACAAAGUCAGACCCCCCUCCUGGUUCAUGCUGUCCUCAGCCAAGGUUGUCCUUCAUGGUUUGUUAAUGUUUCAGGGUAUUUGGAUGAAGAGGAAGCCUGGCCUGAAGGCAAACUAUUUAGAUUAUGUGUGUACAAAAUAACAACCUUCAUGUUCACCCUCCAACAUCCUCUCAGCACCCCCACCACCCCUCCUCCUGACCCCCUCACUGGCCAGGCUGCAAACCUCUCUACAAAUGAGCCUAUUGAUAUUGCUCCAUCUGCAGUUAUUAGUCUGCAGCCCUCUCAUUAUAACAGUCGGAUACUCAGGUGUAAAUGGCAGGAACCUUGCUCCUCUGCUGACUGCCCAUAGACCUCAUUACCUGUGAGAUAUGACGACCAGUGGGCCUUUGCCUUGGGUGACCUAUUACAGGGAGCCAUUUUGGACUUCUUAACCAGGGAGGGCAUUAGUCAAGGAGUCCAGGACUAAUGACUUCAUCCAUCUCAUGUAGAGGAGUGCUGACGAUUGGGUUUACUAUCUGCUGCUAAGAUAAGUGUUGGAGCUAAACUUAGACAAGGCUGCAGGAUCCAUAACUCCCAGUUUACCCCGACUGUCAUUUCACAUCUCUUAUUAGAAUUGAUGCUUUUAUUCCAAUCUCUAAUUUUUGUAGGUUUAUAUCUUGUCUUUAAAGCUCAUCAGGAGAUUUUAUCUUCCCAUUAGGUCACGCAGAGCUCGACAUGUGACCUGUUUAGUCCGGGUCUUAUCUGAUUGUAAAAUCACUUCCACUCUAAACCUAAUCCUCUACGGGUCAGACGCUGAACAGAACCUGCUGAUGUUGUUACUGCAGCCGAUUACAACUCGUUUCUGAUGCUCUUUGUCGAUGAUAACCUUAUGAGAGCUUAGUUAUCCUCCUGUAGAUGGACGUUAGACACAGACUGACUUCAGCCUUCAUGAAGUCCAGGUCUAGACCUGUCAUUAAACUCCCACUCUGAUCAUUUUUAUUACUACUUAAAGUGUUCUCAUUGGUCUUUAAGUUGUGAUUAAGAGGUUUUAGACAAAAUUACUUUACCUGUGUUAUUUUUAAAGGCUUUUCUUCUGCAGUAGCUCAUUAGUGUUGACAUGUAGUUACUGUCAGACUGGUUUGUGCUCAAGUCCUCGUUUUUUCUGUACAGCUCAGUUUUUAAAGGUUAUCAGGGGGUUCAAGUUUUCUAUGAUUGACACCUGAUACAGCCUAUGGGUGUACGAAGAUUGUGUAGCUCACCUGGGGGAUACACUGUUUGAGCCGAGCCUUAUCACGGCGACUCUCGGCGACUCUCCCACCGAAUGCGUGCAACGCUACUGCGCAAUGUUGGUUUCAGAAAGUGGAGAAAAAAACGCGGAAUUACCGAGAGCUUUUUGGUAUUGAAUCCAUAAACAGGAAGAAGGUGGAACCAAGUUGUCCAUAGUAUAUACAGUCUAUGGAUGAAAGCUAACAUCAUAAUUAGCUUUUUUACUAGCAUUGCAAUCCGCAAACGCAGACGCUUGUUCCACGAUUUUCCUCUCUACUUUUCUGAGUCUGGCCUACAUAGUGGGGCUCAGGGGGCGGAGCUUGGAUUUGUGAUGUAAGAAAUCUCACAGUAUCUGAUCCUGCCAUGUCAUAUGAACAUGUCUACAACAAGAAAAACAUGAUUUUUGUCAGAGUGGGUCUUUAAAGUCGUAUUUUAAUUCUGCUGUAAAGUUCGAUUGACCCACUUGAGGAGACUGCUUCUUGUGGACACAUGCUGAACUGCAGUUUUAGCUCUAUUUUCCAGCUCUGUAGGCUGCUGUUUGGUUUUCGACAUCCUAUCUGUUCCUCUUAACUUGUCCAGUCUAAAAAUAGCCGCCUGCUCCUUCUCCAUCAGCAGCAAAAUGUGAUAAAUUACUUUCCCAUUUUCUCUGGCAGAGCUGGUAAGUUUCCUGCAGCAGAGUGACGCUGAGAUGUGAACGUAGCUGUGUGCUCACAGAACAGUAUAUACUGUAUAUAUGUAUGUCCUCUGGCAGCUUUAUUCCCCUCUCAAUAAACAAGCAGCAGAAUGCACAGAGUAAUGAAGUGGCUCCUCCUCCUGCGUCCUGCUGAUGUUUAUUGUCAGCUGCUGUGCAGGAGAUUGAAUUAUAAUUGCUCUGCUCUUCCAGGAAAAUCAGCACUUUUUAUUAUUAUCGCCUCACCUUUGGUUUCCACUCCACAGUCUGUGGGCUCGGGCUGGUUUCAACAUCAGCUCCUCUCCGCUUCACUGACUUGUCUUAUUGUUUGUUUGUCAGAGAAACUUCCUCGAAAGUGAGACAGCAGUUUAUAAAUCCACGAAGAAGCUGAAAUCCUGUUCUCAAGCUGCAGAUUUCACCGUGUUUCUGCAGCGACUUUAACCGCUGCGGGCCGUUAUUAUAACACCGUUAAAUAAUGAAGCGCUCAGACGUCUCCAUUAGGUGUAAUAGAAACCGUAUCAGCGUAUUUUUGUCCGUUUGUGUCAUUCACAUGCAAAUUAUUUUCAUAUCAGCAGCAAAGAGCUCAGAGCUUUAAGGUGCAGACUGAAGCUGCACAGAAUUAUUGAAGAGGAGUUUAGUUUCAAUUCUCUUUGUCCUCGUUUUUUAAGCUUAUUGUAUCUAUAUUUAAAUAUGCAUCCAUGUUUAUAUUUCAUCCAUUCUGGACUUGUGCAUGUGCUUUGAAAGUCGCAUUUCUCCUCACAAAGAUCAUUCAGACUGGUGCAGAUGAUUGACCGCCGCCUAAACCAUAAACGUUAUCUCAGUCCGCACAAACACUCACAUGUAGCUCCACACGUUUGAUCCCCAGAGAUGGUUUUAAAAUCAUUCACAGCUCAUCAGACGCUGCGGGCCCGGGGCUGAAACAUUUCAGAUUGAUUAAUCGGUAAAUGAAAUGACUUCAUUGUUGAGGGAUGGAAGUGAUGAGUACAGAGCGCGAUCAAUUUAGUGUAAUGGUAACAGAUUGUCUGGUAAAAUGGAGCUUCUUCCCCCCGGAGAUGAUUUUAUGGACAUUUCUUUCCUGGGGAACAGGUCAUGCUGAAGAAAUACGUGAGUGUGUAUUCCUCUAAUAUCACAAAAUUACUUUGUUCACACUCAUAAUAAUAAUAAAACAGAUAAAUCCAGAUAUUUUGACUUGUUUCUCUCAGUUUCUGGUUGUAUAAACUGAGUGAAUCGAGGUAGAGAGAAAACAAAUGACCUUUUGAUGGGUAUUGAUCGUUUCUAUUUAAUUGGUUUGUUAGCGGCAGAGGAAGCAGACUCACAAACAUCACUCUUGAGUCAUUACACGACAAUUCAGAGCUGCGUUAAUGUUAGUCACAGACCGAGGCUACACUUCAUCACCUGCUCACUACACACCAUCUCAGUCCAGAGUUUAGGAGCUCGGCUGCAUUUAAGAGAUUUCCUCCCAAAAAAACUAAAAUUGUUCUCAUUUUUUUGCUUUCAUUAGAUAUUUAUGACGUUUCAUCGUCUGCAAAGAUUUGAUGCCUUCCUGGAGUAUUAAAAAACUUGUUUGAGGUGUGGGAAUGUUGUUUCACAGCUCCACUGAAGCAGGUAUGAGGAUUUAUUUAACAUCAACCUCCAGUGGAAGACAUUGAGAAUAUGCACGGUGAUAUUUACAGUCUGGGGGUUUAUCUAUGUUCCUCUCACUGAGCCUGUGCGCCAUACAUCACAGAUAGAUGUCGGGUCCAAUAUUGACUUUGUACGAUGGCGUAAAUCUUGGACUUCGGCGUCUCUGCAUUAGAAUAACCAAGACAAAUGAGGUGUGAUUUAUUGUUUCUAUUUUAAAUUUCGUUUGGUGUCUGUUCACUCUUUCUCAUGUUCUUUUUUGUGUUUUUCUCCACAGAAACAACAAUGUCCCUCAGAGGCUGGAGGUGGAUCCAAGCAUGCGCGCCGCCGUCGACCUCGCCAACAUUGUUCCAAAACAUCAAAACACCAAACAAGGUCCGCUGGAAACAUUCAGCACAGCCUCACCGCCCACCACAGGUCCAGGCAGCUUCUCUGCAGGGUUUGUGGACGACCCUGAUGUUCCCCCGCUGAUGUGAGAUCUAAAAAUGACCAAAAACUGCUGAGGAGAGACUCAACUGUCUCUAAGAUCUUAAAAAACUAUACGGAUAACUUGGCAGACGGCUAUGAAAUCACUUUGCAUGGAGCAGAUCGCUUUUUUUUGAGACAUAUCCUCAAAUUAAACCAGUGCAGUAAUGUUUGUAAUUGAAUGCUAUAAAAGGAGACGUUUUGUCAGUCUGAGACAUCGAUGGUGUAACUUUGCAUGAUUUUAGCUCAAGAAGCUCCAAAAUCCUGUCAUGCCGGCAUCUGUGAAAAUCCUCAUUGGGUGGAUGAAUGUAGCUCGUAUUGGCCUUCGUUGACAAAGGAGUCAUUGGUGAAAUGGAGGCGAAGAAGCAACUCCCAGGGAAAAAAGUGGUGACACGGACUCUCCAGCUUCUGAGUAAUCAUUGUUGUCAUUGGACGGCAGACUGUGACAUCAAGUGUCGGCCAAGUCUCAUGAAGUUUGUGGUUUUGUCAAAAUUUGUGUAUCUUCUCACAUUGUGAAUCUUUGCAGUAUAUUUAUGGACAUCCAACCUUUUUAUAUGUCCAUAUUAUAGAAAAUAAAGAUCAUUUGAUCUCUUUAAACCCUACAUUAUUGAAUCCUAACUUGCAGCCGUUGUUCUUGCAGAGAUCAGAUAGUCAUACCAAAGCUAGACUGAAGCUCUGUGAGAUAUUCAGGACUCCUCAGGUAUAAAACUGCUGCUGGAAACCCAAAUCCUUCUUUUUCUCAUUGAGCUGAAUUUUUUAUUUUUUUUAUUCCGGUGAGGCCUCUGAACCUUUGACUUCCCUUCACUCUGAGUUUCUUAUAAGGAAAGAAGAAUAAAAAGCUCCAAGGAAAGUAUUGAAGUUAUUUUUCCCUCAUUGUUUUUAUUUUUUUUUGCAGAUGUUUGGUUUGUCCUGUAAACUGCAGCUGGAAGGACAACGCAGCGAAAAAUCAAUCACCCCAGUGCGCUCUGCGUUGCCUGUGGCUCUUUGUGCGCUUCAGAAGCCGUUGCUCUUUGCUUUGUGUGUUCUCUCUUUUCUUGUGAUUCUCCUCCCCAGAGCUCAGGAGCCGAUACCUUGCCAGAGUUUGAUCAGAGGCUCUCCUUUUGCCCUGAGGAGGAGGAGAAAAACUUAUUUUGAAGCUGGCUCAUCUCUCCUUGAAACUUGGCUGUAGUCUCUCCGCUCUUUGCUUCCCUCUGAGUUGUCACCCGAAAAGCUUGGAGGUCACGACUCCAUCCCCUCUUCUGUCGUCCCUGGAGCUGCUCUGAGUGCCGUCACAGCCGCAUCGCCUUGAGGGAACAUUUUGGCUUCGGACCAUCUUUCCUCCUGACAGCUCCACUCGUCUCUCAUCAUCCUGGAGUGCUAUAUUUGGACCUCCUGGCUCUCUUAGUCCAGGAGGGUUUUGAUGUGUUCAGCUGGUUGUUGCAUGAGAAACCUGCUCCAGAUCUGCUCUUUUAGAUAACAGUCUGAGGAGAGCAUACAUCAAAUAUCUCUACCUGAGUUUUAUUAAGCAUGAUGUAGUCAUGGCUCAGUAUCAGAGUUCACUUCAUUGCCAGCAGCCAUUUUUAUUUAUUCAUUUCUCAAGUUGAGAAUCUCAAACGCUGCGACUGUUCAACACUACAAUAGUUCAGAUUCUGUUUCGUAAUAAGAGGAGAGAGUCAACUUUACAGAGCUGCUUUUUUAAAGACUGAAAGAUGAGCUCGGCCACCGUCACUUCACCGAUGGGAGGGUUGAUUGGAACAAGGGAGUGUUUCAAUCUGAAAACAUCUAGAUAAUGUUAAAUACUUCCAUUUCUACACGCUGUACCUUUAAGACAAUGGCUGAAUAAAUAAAGUACUACCUGUUGAACCUGCAGACGUAACAAUGUGGAUGGCUGUGGAGUAGAGGACCAACUCCUCACUCUUGCAGGGCUUCUGAAGGAGACUUGAGAGUUUGUUUUUCCAGUUAGCAUGUGCUUUGUGGACUUGGAGGCCUUCACUAUGUCACUUGGGGGUCUUGUGGGGGGUCCAGCAGGAAUACAGGCUUUGGCAGCCAUUGCUGAGCCAUCUAGCCGCUCUAUAACAAAACUGAGGCCUGUGUCUACAUACUCUGAACAAAGUGCGCCAUGUUCCAGGUGCAUGUGGACCUUCAGUUUGUGAUCUUCAUGUACAAGAUCUUAAGGCACAGGUGGAAGAGGAGGAGGGUGUCUACAUGUGAGGCCUUAGAAUAUCAUCUUUACUUUUGGAGAUGAUGUAGCCCAUGGUUCUCUGCUAGACUACAAAGAAUUCCCCCUUCCAGUUAGGGAACAAGUCCAAGUUCCUUGGGGUCUUGUGUCAGGGUAAAGUCCAUUUUGUGACAGAAAGGUUCAUGCAGCAUUGACAGUGUUGUGGGUGUUUUACUGGACAAUUGUUGUGAAGAGGGAGCCAAGCCUGAAGAUUAGCUAUUGGUCAUCCACUCAGUCUCUUUUUUAGCCUUCACCUUCUGUCUUAAGUCAGGGGAAGAGACUCAAGAAAGAGAUUGCAGGUACAAAUGACUCCAAAAGCUCAGAUAUGAACAGGAAGCUCUGAGUUGAGACAAUAGUCCUUCACACCAAAAUGGGUGUCGGGCGUCGAGGAUGCCCCCCUCAUACCUUCAUUUGCAGGUUUACCGGGCACCUUCAACUGGGAGUAGAGCCAGAGGUAGACCCAGAGCUCCCUUUAGGGAUUAAUCAUCUCAUUUGGCACGGGGACACCUUGGAAUCCCCCAGGAGGGAUUUGCAAACAUGGCUCAGUAGAGGAAUGUCAGGGUCUACCCGCGCAGCCUGCUUCCACUUCAGCCCAACUACAGAUGGAUGAACGAAUAAAGCAAAGAAAACCAUCAGUAAAGAUAUGCAUAAAAUAAUUUUGUACCUUUUGGUUGAUUAAACAAAUAAUGAGUCCUCCGAUAUCCUAAACAUCAUAUCAUAACCCUAACCCUAAAGAGGAAGCCGACCACCGUGCCUGGUAUGAGCACACAGUUCAAAAGCCAUUAUCCCUGAUCAUAUAGUGAUGCAGAAGUGUCUACAGCAUGGAUGGCAGUAUACACAGAUUUUGGAGCAACAUCUGCAGAUAUCCAGACAAGGACUUCUCAGGAAAUACCUUCUUAUUUUUUGCAAGACAAUGCCAGACGACAUUGUCAACAUAGUACAACAGCAUGAAUCCUGCAGUCCUGACUUGCUACCCAUGAAAAACAUUUGGCACAACGUGAAAUGAACAUGCAGCAAAGUGUGUUUGUUGGGUCGUGUCCUCACACGUGUCUCAAGGAUUCACUGGGAUCUGGUUUGCGUGACCUCCACUGUGGCGUUAGCAGGACUGUCUGUGUGAUGAAUAGGACUGCUGCUUUGUGAUUCCUCUACAUGUGGCUUUGUCCCCGGGGCUGAUGGGAGUUGUUCAAGCCUCUCUGGCCUGGUAUCAAUGUCAGCAUGUGUUGUGCUGCUCAGGCAAAUGAAGAACAGUCAAACCUGCGAGUCCUGCCGGCUUUAAAUCUGAGGAUGGUGCAGCACGGUUUAAUUAACGCCAUACCAACACUCAGCGGGGUUACGUCCUCCGAGCAGGUGGCGUGGCUGCACACAGAGCUCAGAAAUUAUGUCGAGGAGGUGGAUCCCUGCUGGGGGAUGGAAAUUCAGAUUGGACUUCUGAUCCUCACACCGGACAGAAUCAAAGGGACACUUUAUUCAUGGGGAGGAAAUCCAAAGACGUUGCGGUUCAUUGGUGGUCUUUCCUUUUCUUCUCCGGUCUCUCCACCUUCUCUUCCUCCCUCCUUUCCUCUUCGGGAUGAAUUAUUUAACUGUCUCCUCAGAGUAACCCCCUCCCCUCUCCAUCUCUCUCUGCAUCUCUGCUGGUGAAUCAGGCAUCCUGUGCUGCAGCCAAGGACAGAUGUAGAGCUGUGAUGGGCGGUUUGAUCUGCGGCAGGAAGAGACAAUAAAAAACAGCUUAUCUCUGUGAAUGUUGAAGCUGCUGUUCGUCUUAAAUAUUAUCUAAAGGUGCCUUUUGGACGUGUUAGGAAGCCCCCCGACUCGAAACCUUUCUUAAGUACUGGAUCACUAACAGUUUAUAGCUCAAUUUUGAGUUUGACUUUGGUGAUGCAAGGAACAGGUUAACUCUCUCCAAAUGUCUCUAUUUUUGAUGGAUGAUAUCAGACUUUCAAGUUGUGCAUCUCUUGAAAUCUUCUUGGAAUAUUUUGUUGUGGAAUACUAAAGCGUACUCCAAUUACUCUGAUGAUGCAAAUGAAGUGAGAAGUGUUAUAUAAACGGGUUCUGCACUGGGAGCAUUAUUCGAUAGAAGAUAUUUGUUUAUAGAGCGUUUCCUCCAAUCUUGGAGCACACCUGUCCCUCUUUAUGACCCAUAAACGUUGAAUAAUGGUGAUUGAACUCAUUUGAACCUUUCGUUUUGUUAGUCUGGAACGCCUGGACUGACCUAGAGUACUUUUCCAUGAUUUGCAGCUCAACAAACACUUUGAUUUUCUUCUUCUGUGGCGAAUAAGAGCUCUUGACUCAGCGCUAUUCAGCCUCUGCUUGGAGCGCUUCAUUCUGGCUGCUUUUUCUAGGAAAACAAGCUGAAAUUUAUGGUGUUGCAGCAAAAGUCUGAUGCCAGACAUUAGCAUCUACUUAGCUCUCCUUUUGGUUGUGUUAGCAUAUGUUUGCUAUUGUUACAUUAGCUGCUGUUAAACUGUUAGCUACAGUUUGUGGUUCUGAGCACUUAUGUUUCCUGGUGCCUGUCAAAGUGCAGAGCAGAGAAAAAGGGCAAGUCAUGAAACUGACUUUCCAGCAUCUGGUGGGACUCAUGCUUUAGCAUUGAUUUGAUUGGAUGGCAGAUCCUGACGUCAAGUUAUAGCCAUGUCUCCAAACAAGCUGAUCAGAAAAGUUGGACAACACUGGGUUUUAAAGGGAUAUUCCGGCGUAAAAUUAAUUUAGGGUCAAAGACACCGUAACACCGAGUUAGACACCCCUCCAGAGAUGUUAUGAUGAGCUCUGCAGGUCAGAUAAUGUAUAAACUACCCAUCAAAACCAUCAGCCGCCCACUUUACUCAAAUCCAUAUCCUCAAAACUGAAGCUCUGUUGUAAAAACACUGGGAAUGAUGAGCAGAUACUCACUGACUUCCUUAUGGGUGCUAUAUAUUUCCUGGGUUCAUCCUCUUGCAGGUUGUAGGGGUCUUCAACCAGGCGGUUCUGACACAUCGGCUACCUGCCUUUACUCAGAGGUCAACUGAUGAUUAAUGCCCAUAGGUGGGAUUGAUAUGUUUAUUUUAGCAUUUAUGCUGAAUCGUUGUAUCUGGUAAACUGUGAGUGUCACUCCAGCAGCAGCUCCAUCCUCGGGGAGUCGACAGCUGGAGUCAUUUUUCAUUCAGCCGGAGACACCGGCAGCUUGAUUCACGACGGCUUUAAGUCAGCGAGCGUCUCCAGAGGCUGAAACACAGAACGGCCUCACGUGUUCUCCUCGUGAAGGUUACAGGAGAAUUCUGGCAGCAUUUAACCUUGGCUCUUUUUUUCUGGCAUGUUUUCAAAUGGUUGAUAAGAAUAAAAAUGAUUGUACAAUCUCCAGAAGAUCGCUUCAGCCAUCCUGGUAUUACUGUUUGAUUUGAGAAAGUUGCAGGAGAACCAGGAUUUAAUUCCCCGGAAGAGGGCAGAAGGGAUAAGGUAGGUUUGGUGGAUAGGUAGAGCUGGGUGUCAUCUGCAUAGCGGUGAAAACGGAUGUUAAAUUUGUGGAAAAUAUGGCCAAGGUGAAGUAGAUGGAUGAAAACAGAAGAGGCCCCAGGAAAGAACCUUGUGGAACACCAGAUUUGACUAGAAAAGGCUGAAAUGUCCAAACAAAUACGCAGAAUGACUCGACUGUGUACAGGGAUAUUCAGUUUGAUGUUGUUUUGCCUGAUAGGAUAAGCAGAAGAUACCCAAGAGUAUUAGGCUUUUUAUGUGUUAGGACACAAUGACAUAAAUAAUUUAAAGUAAAAGUCAAUUCUGUCCACCUGACCCAACCCUACAGAUUUUUUCGGUCUUCUGUUACGGACUCUGGGUGCUCUCAGACCUCGAGAAAUGGAGAUUCAGUUUCAACAAAAACAAGCGAUCAGGAAAAAGAAUCCCUGACCUCAGCUUUUAAUUUGGGCGAACGCGUCUUCAAACAGGCGUGGUUCCUCUUACAUGACGCCGACUCAGCGCUUCUCCUGACAUGAAUCCUGAUCAACAUGAUAUUCAAACAUGAGAGCAGGAGAUCACGGGGAAAAGAGGAGAUAUUUGACUCAUUUCCCUUUUUCACGAGGUUGAGGAUGUUAGCUUCUUCUGUAGUCCUCCCAGUCGUCACCAUUCGUCACUCAGUGAGUUAAACUGGAGGUUUCCCAGCUGUGAUAAUAUAUUUAACAGUAAAGGUGAAAAGAAGAGCAUCUGUUCUUCAUUCAAUGAAUGAAAAUGUAGUUUUUUCCCUUAUUUACUACAUUACCACCAGUCCCUCUCCUCUGUUAUAGUAGCCUCUCUGUGUUGUUUCCCUGUGUUUUAUGAAAGUUGGAUGAAGCAGGUGAAUAAAACAUGUGGGCCACAUCAUACAGCUAUAACACAUCGCCUGUAACGCCUUCAAUUAUUCACCAGCUGGAACCCCAACAAAGACCUCUCUACUCCACAGGACACCAGACUGCUCAGUGGGUCGGAAUAAACAGGAAACACCCGAACACCUGUAAUCCAAAACAGAGUGCACACAAAAACUACUCGACCUGAAUCUCAGCCCAGACUCAACACCUCUGAACAAAACUGGACUAAAGAGUGACUGUCCAUUGGUAAGUACAAAUUGGUAUUCAGUAAUUUGAUGCCUCGUCUUACUGAAAACUGUCCUUGGGGUUUACUAUACUUAGGUAGCUACAGGUUAUUGAUAUGUCUAUGUCAAUGUCAAUGUCAAGUUUAUUUGUAUAGCACAUUUAAAACAGCCAGUGGCCUACCAAAGUGCUUUAAAAUAACGAAGCAGUAGCAAUAAAAGCAAGUUAUACAACAGCGAACAGCAACAACAAAAGACAUGCAUCAUAUAAAUGUAAACAAAAACGAAUAUAGAACCAAUACAAGUAUCAUAGUUUAAUGCUAGUUAAUCUGAGAAUUGAUAGUAAAAAUUUGACUCAAAACUUUCUGCUCAUGUACGUUAAAAAUAAAAGUACUUAUUUGAAGAAAAUUUAUUUAGUAAUUCAAGAAAAGUGGAGAUGUUUUGUAGAAUUUGGACAACGUUACCAUUUUUGACACAGCUUUUCUGCAGUAAUACACUUAAUAAAGAUAUAUGUGAAAAGUGGUGGCUCAUACAAUACCUGAGUAGUAGAAAUAUGGAUAUAUAAGACAACAGUAUAACAUCAAAAUACAAAAAUAAUGUAAUGAAAGACACAUUUUUGACCUGCAUUUUUGGGGGGAAAUGUCAUAAAAUGUGUUAUUUUUUUUUUUUUUUUUUUUUUUACAGAAAAAUUAAAUAAAUUUCAUGAGUUUUGACAAAAGUUUAUUGGAUCAAUGUAAAUGAGUGUCAUCCACAAAUAAUAUAAGACAUGAUGUGUUUGAUAUUGUUGCAAGAUUGUCGAUGUAAAUAGGAAAUUUAAAUGGUCCUAAUAUGGAACCCUGUGGUACUCCACUCUGUAUUAUCGCUCAGUCAGACUCUACACCAGAUGUGAUGGCUUACUGUUGUCUAUUUCAUACAUAAUCUUAAUAUAUUACUUUAAGAUUAAUAUCCGUGUAAUUGAGCAAGUAAAAUAAAAUAGUUUGCAACAUUAAAUUCUUUAGAUAGACCUAGAAAAAUGCCAAACACAACUGGCUAUAAAAGGAACGCAUUUGAAGUGUUUUUAACAGACUGACUGAGAAUGGUUUUAAGCUGCUGUCCUGAUUCAUCACAUUUUUCUCUAAAACCAAACAAAAAGCAAACAUCAGCAGGAUUUCACCUCUGAAGGAGUUAAACCAGCGACCGAGGCGCCACGUGUCCCGAGAGCGACGGCCUCUGCCGGGGGAGGUCAUGUUCCUCUCGGCCAGUAAAAUUACACGGAUGAUGAAUUUGGUUCCAUUCAUGGACACGAGUAUUGAUCGGAGCCUCGUCCAUCACCAAUCACUUUACACCCACAUAUUGACACACAGAGCGCUUUGGAGUGUCCUGCCGAGCUCUAUUAAUCUACUGCUGCCUUAAUACCUCAUGCUGCUGCUGCUGCUGCUGCUGUGUGUCAGAGAGGCCGGACCGGGACCUGGACCUGGAGAUCACAGGUUUGAAACUGUGGACUCAGCUGCAGUGGGGAUAGGUUUCAGCUGGAUCAGUUUCAAGUUGUGUUUUAUUUCAGUUGGCUGGAUCCAAAAAACAAAGUCGAUACGUCUUAGUUUGCUCAGCUCGAUCAGAGUCGCCUUUUGUUUUUUUAGAGGGAGAUGGUGGUCAUCCUGAGGACCUCUGACUAAAACAUCAGAAGAAGAAGAAGAAGGAGGUUAAAACUAUAAAGAGUCAGUUAAGUAUUCAUAUGGUCGUUGAUACAUGCACAGGUCGAUCAAGAGUUGUGAAUCAACCCUCAAUAUCUGAAAGGUGCAAUGAAAUUCUGCACAAAUGUUGAUGAUCCCUAGAGGACGAACCCUCAUGACCUUUACCACAAUAAGAUGGCCUCAAGCAGCUGUAGUAUAGGAUUUCAUGCAGUCGUAAUUACAACCUCCUCGCCUGUUUUUAUGGAGUGUAACGUCCAGUCAGUCUUAACGUGGUGUGCAGUUAUUGAUCAGUCAGUAUUUUUACACGACACUAAAGAAAACUGAAUUAUUGCCUUACUCCGAUUAAGACCGCUAAACUGAAGUGCAUGUAAACACCUUGGUCCGACUAUAAUCGGAGUUUGAGAACUACGUUUGGAGUCGGUAAUGACACCCAGAUAAUACGAUUGGAAUUCCGUUUUUCUAUGUAACCCCGGAAAAAAAACACAAGAGAAGAAAAGUAGUGUGCGCCUCAUCUGCAGAAAAGUAGUGCGUACAUCAUGUAUGGCAAUAACAACGCUGUACGAUGCUCCAUCUUCUCGCUCCAAAUUGCCCAGCAGCAGUUGUAACACUUCUGACGUCUGACACGGACCUGCUGUUGUUGUUGGCGAUUGUAUGGGGUCGGAAACAGCGUCGCUGAAAAGACCCAUAUCGCCCCCUAGUUUUUGGAAGGAGGACACUCUCACAUCAAUACUUCAAUUUUCUCAGCUGCAUUUUUAUGCGGGCAUGGAGAGAAAUCUGAUUUGGUAACGGCAUUCCCACUUUUCAGGAGUUCCACUUUGUAUGACAUGUUUUUUUCCAAGGAUGGUCAAUUUUUUCCCAGCAUACAACCUGAGGACGUCCGGUGUCUGAUAUCAGUCUGGUUAGCGUCACCUGUUUGCUCGCUGUGACCUUUUCCUUUUCGAUUGUUCUGAUUUAAUUAUGUGUAAACGUGUCACGCUGUUUUAUUUAGUUUUAUUAGUUGACAAAUUUGUGAAUUCUUUCUAACUGAUAAUUUAUACUUCGGCCCACUCCUCACAUGACUCAAUGUUUUGCACGUCUUGGCGCAUUAAUCAGUGUUUUCUGUUCGCAGCCCGACUCACUUCACGAGAGGAUUUAAUGGUGUCAAGAAGAGGCAGCGUCAGCAGGAAGAUCCAUUUUAUCAGACCAUCUUAACAAGGAGCCCGGUACAGCGCGUUCAUGUGGACCGUGUCAGAGCUGCUGUGAACCGGAGGACGGUCCUGUCGAGGAGCAGACAGCCCGAGUCAAAUUAUUGCUUUUUCAAUUACAGACUCCUCCUGCCGUUUUUCUUCCACAUAAUUAGUCAAAUCCUCCGACCGCCAACG